AUGCCUCGAGAUCCACUCAUUGGUCUGGUCGGCAAGCCGUCGGCCGGCAAGAGCACGACGCUCAACAGUCUCACAGACGCCUCGUCAAAAGUUGCUCUCUUCUCCGCGCCGCUUCACAGAUUCACCACAAUCGAUCCCCAGAGAGCAAUCGGCUACCUCCAAAUAGAAUGCGCCUGCGCGCGCCACGGCGUCUCGGACCGCUGCAGGCCCAACUACGGCGCCUGCAUUGACGGCCGCCGCUCGGUGCCUAUCGAGCUCCUCGACGUCGCCGGCCUCGUGCCGGGAGCGCACCAGGGCAAAGGGCUGGGCAACAAGUUCCUCGACGACCUGCGGCACGCCGACGCGCUGAUACACGUGGUGGACGCCUCGGGCACCGUCGACGCCGAGGGAAAAGAGACGCGCGGCUACGAUCCUUCGGUCGACAUUGCCUGGCUGCGCGGCGAGAUUGUGGCCUGGAUCCGGGGCAACUUGAUGGAGAAGUGGGGGUCGAUCCGGCGGCGGCACAUGGCCAUCAAGGCGACGGCCGUCGAGACGCUACAGGGCCAGUUUUCGGGUUACGGCAGCACGUCCAACGUCGUCGCGCGGGCGCUGGAUAGGCUGGGUAUCAAGGAGCCGCUCGAGGACUGGGACGCCGAGACGAUUGACCGCGUUGUCAACGCCUUUACGGACGAAAAGUUCCCGACCGUCAUCGCGCUCAACAAGAUUGAUCACCCGGACGCCGAUAAGAACAUUGCCAAGAUUGCAAAGAUGCAGGACCCCAACUCGAUCGUGCUGUGCUCGGCCAUUUCAGAGAUUUUCCUGCGCAAGAUGGCCAAGCAGGGAUACAUCAAGUACACAGAGGGCAGCGAGUUCGUCGACACGAGGGAGGACCUGAUAGAGCAGGGGGACCCGACUGGGGGCAACCUCAAAGAGCUGGACGAGAAGAACCGCAACCGGAUAGAGAACCUUAAGGACAUGGUGCUCUACCGCUUCGGGUCGACGGGCGUCGUGCAGGUGCUCUCCAAGGCGGCCGAGAUCCUGGGCCUCGUCCCGGUAUUCCCGGUGCGCAACACCACCUCCUUCACCUCCGGCGCUGCCGAGUCCAAGUUUGUCUUCCGGGACUGCGUGCUGGUCAAGAAGGGCACCACGGUGGGCGAGGCGGCGCGCAAGGUCAUGGGCGACGCACCCAUUGCGUAUAUCGAGGGUGCGGGCGGCCAGAGGGUCGCGGAAGACCAUCUCGUCACGGUUGGGAAGAACGAUAUCUUAUCAUUCAAGGUCGGAAGAGCUUGA